GUUGGUCUGUGGUCAUUAUACCGAGACCGAGUUUUUGAGAACUCGCCAGAAAUAGUGGAGGGACCGGGUGGCAUCCCUCAGAUACAGAGCGGUCCAUUGACUCUAGUCUGACCCAGUGCUAACCUCACUGCUCUCUCACCUCGUGGCCGAUGGACAUCCUACCUGACACCAACUGUGAUCCCUCCUCCCCUACCGAGAUGGAAUUGAGACAUUGUGAAGCAGAGUGUUUCCCUUAUAUGCAUUUAGCAGAUAUUUAAUAUUGUCUUUAGGCUAACUCUUAUGUCUGAAAUUAGUUUCAGGCUGACUGUUGUAGUUUGUUUCCCCUCGCUCAUCAACUUUGAUAGUCAAGAAUAUGUUUAGCAUUAUUCUAAAGGCCUACUGCAACACGUAGCAUGUUUUAGUUUCCCUUACAGUAAAUGUGAUAUAGUUAUAGUAAAUAAAACCGUCCUGUAACAGCUUCUUUUUACAAAGUUAAAGGUAAGAGAAUGGUACCAACCUGCAAGGUGCGUGGUCAAGUUAUUAACAUGAACACCAACGCUAAUAAAUAGGCAUAACACAAACUCGUCGCCCAUUCAUCUAUCUGUGAUUCAUUCAGUAAGGAGAGCGAGAGAGACGCAUUAGCGCCUGGCUGGGUACCAACUUCCUACACCGCAUUGUCUUGGGAGUAAACGUCAGGCCCCAGAAGGAUGCCCAGGUGGGGCGGGACGGCAUGCGGAGGAAGGACUGGCACGACUACGAGGCAAUCAGGAGAGAUGCUGCUCGCUCUGGUAACGGGGAGCAGGGUAAGCCCUUUCCCCUGACCGACACUGACCGGGUGGACCAGGCCUACAGGGAGAAUGGGUUCAACAUCUAUGUCAGCGAUAGGAUCUCCCUCAACCGCUCUGUCGCAGACAUCCGGCACCCAAACUGUAAACAGAAGCUGUAUGGGGAGAAGUUGCCCAACACCAGCAUCAUCAUCCCAUUCCACAACGAAGGUUGGUCGUCCCUGCUCAGGACAGUACACAGCGUGCUCAACCGCUCGCCCCCUGAGCUCAUCGCUGAGGUCAUACUGGUGGACGACUUCAGUGACAAAGAGCACCUAAAGGGGUCUCUGGAGGAGUACAUGGUGCGGCUGCCCAAGGUGAGGAUCCUGCGUACCAAGAAGAGGGAGGGUCUCAUCAGGACCCGUCUGCUGGGGGCGGCGGCUGCCAAUGGAGAGGUCAUCACCUUCCUGGACUCCCACUGUGAAGCCAACAUCAACUGGCUGCCCCCGCUGCUGGACCGUAUCGCCGACAACAGGAAGUCCAUCGUAUGUCCGAUGAUCGACGUGAUCGACCACGACAACUUUGGCUACGAGACGCAGGCGGGUGAUGCCAUGCGAGGGGCGUUUGACUGGGAGAUGUACUACAAACGCAUCCCCAUCCCCUCGGAGUUGACAAAAGAUGACUCUAGCGAACCCUUCGAGUCUCCUGUGAUGGCUGGCGGACUCUUUGCCGUGGACAGGAAGUGGUUCUGGGAGUUGGGAGGAUAUGACACGGGACUGGAGAUCUGGGGAGGAGAGCAGUACGAAAUCUCUUUCAAGGUGUGGAUGUGUGGCGGGCGUAUGGAGGACAUCCCGUGCUCCAGGGUGGGUCACAUCUACAGGAAGUACGUCCCCUACAAGGUCCCCGGCGGGGUCAGCCUGGCUAGGAACCUGAAGCGAGUGGCCGAGGUAUGGAUGGAUGAAUAUGCAGAGUACAUCUACCAGCGGAGGCCAGAGUACAGGCACCUGUCAGCAGGAGACAUGACAGUGCAGAAGGACCUGAGGAACAGCCUCAACUGUAAGAGCUUCAAGUGGUUCAUGACAGAGGUGGCCUGGGACCUACCCAAGCACUACCCACCUGUGGAGCCCCCUGCUGCCGCCUGGGGAGAGCUGCGCAACACAGGCAGUGGCAUGUGCAUGGAGAGCAAACACUUUUCGUCUGGGUCGCCUGUCCGCCUGGAAACAUGUCUGAAGGGGCGGGGUGAGGCCGGGUGGAGCCAUGGACAGGUGUGGAGCUUAGUAGACACCACUGAAUACAGACAUCUGUCUGCCGUGAAAAGCGCUAGUUUUCCUGUAGUUUUGCAUACAGAACUUCAUUUUGUACUGUGUACAGACAGCGCUCUGCCUUCAGAAGCACUACACGUGCACACACACACUGGCACACACACACACACACAAGCUGGUGCAUACUCUAAUUUACACACACACAACUUUAUAAUCGCUACUGUUCUAAUGGAGCCCCAUUUAUUCCCCUUGUUAUCCAAAAUAUGUUUUAGCAGAGCUCAUAACCAAACGUUGAUGGAUGACCAUGUUUUCUUAUUAUUUUCUAGGUUGCCUGCUCUGACACUGCUUUGACAGUAUAAUUAAAGUCAUUUAAAGAGCUGCUGUUGUUUAAUCUCUGUCAUGGUUGCAAUUUGUAUUCAAAGCUGGGAUGACAAACAGCAUGGCUGCAGUCCAAGUCAGGGCCUUUUGAAUGUAACAGCAGAGGAUCCCCUUUACGAACAACUCUUCUGUCCCCCAUGAGUGAACGUGCCUGGGGGAGACCGAUGUGUGAACUCCCUUGGAAGGUUCUCUUCAACCCUGGUUCUGAAGACUCGCAGGUUGUGCAGGCUUUUGUUCCAGCUUAUUACUAACACACCUCAAAGUUUUGAUAAUUAAUUAAAUCAGGUGUUAUUACUGGGCUAGAACAAAAGCUUGCUCUGUGGUUCUCCAGGACCAGGAAUGACACUGGCUCCAAGAGGAGAGGUGGAGGCCCAUCUUUGGAGGUGAUCUGAUCCAGGUUGUCUCUGCCCUGUCCAGGUGUUCACGUUUGGCUGGCGGGAGGACAUCCGGGUGGGGGGCCCCAUGCACACUAAAAAGGUCUGCUUCGAUGCCAUCUCCCACAACAGCCCUGUCACCCUGUACGACUGCCACGGCUUGAAGGGUAACCAGCUGUGGCGCUACAGGAAGG